AUGGAAGAAGGGCAUUCUGGAUUCAAUUUUCAUUUCAGAGGCAGAAGCUACGUUGAUAUUCGGGUUCGGUGGAAAGGAUUGCAAAUUAAUCUGGUGAAUAUAUAUGCUCCCGGAAGCACUUCGGAUAGGAGGGUCCUGUGGUCUGAGUUACUCGUUUUAGGUGCUGCUAGUUCGGAUGUGUUAUGGUGUCUUGGGGGUGACUUUAACGAGGUCACGGCUAGAGAAGAAAGACUGGGAGGUGGUAUUAAUUCAAGCAGGAGAGGAAUGGAGGAGUUUCGGGAUUUCAUAGGUAGCAUGGGGGUGGAAGAUAUUCCUUGUGUGGGAGGAAAAUUCACAUGGUUCAAGGACAAUGGGAAAUCGAUGAGCAGGAUCGAUAGAUUUUUGGUUUCGAAGUCUCUUCUAGAUGUUUGGGGGGUGGUGGACCUAAGGAUUGGUAAGAGGGAUAUUUCCGAUCAUACUCCUAUUCGGUUGAAAUUCAAAUUUAUUGACUGGGGGCCAAAACCAUUUAGGUUCAACAAUGCUUGGUUCAAGCAUGAUGAAUUUAAAUUUUUUAUUAAGGAGGAAUGGGCGAAGUUGUCGGUCAAAGGUCGGGGGGACUUUGUGCUUUUUGAGAAGUUAAAAGGUCUAAAGGAGAGCCUUAAAGUUUGGAAUCGGGAGACAUUCGGGUGGAUUGACUUAAAGGUUGAAAAGGAAGCGGAGAUGAUUAAUGACAUGGAUGUUUUGGUGGUGGAUAAGUUUGGGGGCAGCAUUGACGACAUAAUUGAGAAGAGGAGGGAAGCGUUUAGUGAGUUUCGGAACAUGAUUAACUUAAAAGAGUGUAUGCUUAGACUUAGGUCAAGACAAUUAUAG